AUGGGAGCCAAUCUAGCCAAAGAGCUUGAUAAAGCUAAAGCACAAAACAUUACAGAGCUUGACCUCAAAGACAAGGGAAUCGAUGAACUCCCCUCAAACAUUGGCAAUCUAGAUCAACUCAAAAAGUUAAACCUCUCUAAAAAUAACCUUAGAAAGUUACCUACUACUAUAGGUAAUCUUCGAAACCUUGUAUCACUUAGUUUAUUCCAAAACAGUUUGAAAGAGUUACCACAUGAACUCACUCAAUUAACCAACCUUGAAGCACUCAACCUCAGUAUUAACAAACUACCAAGUUUACCAAGAGGUUUUGGUUCAUUUAAUCAUCUCUAUUUCUUGGAUUUAUCUUAUAAUAGAUUGACAGAAUUAACAACACAAAUUGGUUUGAUUACAACAUUGAAAGAAUUACAUCUAUCAUUUAACAAGUUGACAGAGUUACCAGCCGAGAUUGGUAAAUGUUUGGAUUUGGAGAUAUUCAAUUGCAGUAAUAACAAGAUUGAAUUGUUGCCACCAGAGAUUGCCAAUUGCAACAAGUUGAGAUUGGUCAAUAUCGUCAAUAACAAGAUAGUAUGGAUUCCACCACCAUUUGGAAAGAUUGAAAAGUUGGAAAAGAUCGAUAUCUCACUCAACCCAAUCGACAAGGUAUUGCAACCACAUGCAAUGCGUGGACCCGAUGUAUUGAUCAAAUACAUUAAAUCUGAUGAAUACGAUCAGACCUAUUACAAGGAAACUGGUAAACCAAGACCUUCUACCACUACACUCUCAACAUCUCCUCCAACUACUCCACCAACUACAGAUGAAGCUUCUGCUGAUCAUCCACCUCAUAAACAUGAACCUGAAGAAACUUCAACAACCUCUACAGCAGCAACAAGUUCCUAA